AUGUCGUCAAAGAGGCCUUCGAUGCCCACAAUAAGCGAUUACCCCGUCUAUCACGACGACUAUCACCGCCGAUACAACAACUCCGGCUUCGAGCCGAAGAAAGCCUCUCAAAACUUGACGCCAAUCAUUGUGUUCAGCAAUGAGUCGAAAGCGUCGGCCAAACGCUCGACAAUCGGUCGCAAGUCGUCGCUAACGCCGCGCAAUGUGUUGAAAACGGUGUUCAUACUGUUUUGCGUGGGAAUGGCUUUAUUCCAGACGAUAGACAUCUUCAAGAAGUACUCGUCGUUCCCGAUGGACGUCAAUGUAGUGGUGGAUGAGAUGAAACUGCUGCAGUUCCCGGCCGUCACGCUCUGCAACAACAAUGUGUCCGAAGACGUUCGAAAGACGAAUUUAUUCGAAGAGGAUUUGAAGCAACAAUUGGGAGAUUCGAGAGAAGCCGUGGAAAACUACACGAAGCACUGGAUCCAAAACACGACUUUAAACAAAGUGUUGGACUUCGCGCCCGAAUUGACGGACUUCGUGAAGAAGAUGGAGUGCGACACUCAAUACGAUCCCGAAGACAAGACAACGCGCAAAAUCAAGUGCACCGACAAAGCGGUCAUCACUUCUCUCCAGAAAGACGGCAUUUGUUUCACGUAUUUCCACCAAAUGGCCAGAAUUGAGAAACGCCCCGACAAUUGCCGCCUUCUCGGCACUUGCUCGAAAUCCGAGGUCUCGUUCGACACCAACGAAAUAAUUCGCUUCGAACUGGAUUUCGAGCCCAAAGAGUACACGUCUUGGAAACUGCCCAUCAGUGGUCGCAUCUCCAUCCACGACAACACCGAAGUGGNGUUCGACACCAACGAAAUAAUUCGCUUCGAACUGGAUUUCGAGCCCAAAGAGUACACGUCUUGGAAACUGCCCAUCAGUGGUCGCAUCUCCAUCCACGACAACACCGAAGUGGGCAACUCGCUCUCCAACAGCUACAACCUGGAGCCGGGCUUCUACUACCAGUUCUACAUCAAGAGACAGUCGACGCGGAUGCUGAAGACGCCGUACGCCACCAAUUGCUUCGAUUACGUCCAAUCGGAGGGCCGCAGAGUGAACGCGACGCAAGACUUCUCGAUUCCGUUGUCGCGAAAGCAAUGCAUCUCCGGCUGCACUUCGAAGUACACGAUCGCGCAGUGCUUCUGUUGGCCGCCGGAACUGCCGUACAUUCGCAACAACGGUCUCGACGUUAACCGCUCGCUCUCGUGGUGUAUGUGGCGCUUCCAAGACGCGCCCAACUAUUACGGCAUGUGUUGGGACAAAGCGAAGCGCAUGCAGUGUUCGAUGCGCUGUCAGCCAUCGUGUUGGCAGGACCACUACGAGCUCAGUGUCCAGAAACUCCCGUUCGAGUACUACGGCAAGAAGGGCUGGGAUUCGGGGAAUGAGGCGAAAAGGAACCGGUCAUCAGUGGUGUCGAUCCGCUACUGGACAACGGAGCACACGAUCCACAAAUACUCGCCGCUCUUCGCGAUCCUGGACAUGAUCUGGUUGACGGCCGCCAUUUUCGGCGAACAGCCCUUCGACGCCGCGACGGCCGCUCGCGCUCUCCAAUUGCUCCACAUUUCGGACGACAGAGUGUUGAAUGCGAUGCAAGAGAUUCCGGAAACGAGAGGUCAAAGUGGCGACCCUUUGGAUCCGUUUGAAGCGAGACUUCACGAAUUGCUUCGCGUGUAUUCGCCGUCUCUGAAGGCUUUGGUUCACGAAAUGUGCGGAAACGGAAUCAUGUCUGCCAUCGACUGUCGUCUCGAGAUCCACGCCAACACCGAUCCACACGGCGUCCAACGCGUGAUCCUAACAAUCGACAGCAAGUUCUUGGAAUUCAAGAAAUUCUAG